AUGGAUAAGAACACUAGUUAUGUUAACCUACUGUUUAGGCAAUCUCAAUCUCCAGUUGACCUUGAUUCAUAUGAACCUUUUUGGUUGGGUAGCCAAGGUCCUGAUGAGUCUGUUGUCGAGUCUGUUGUGAAGGAGAGGAGGAAAUGGUCUCUGAAAGAGGAUAAAAUCCUUAUUGGGGCUUGGCUUAACACCAGUAAAGAUGCGGUGGUGAGCAAUGAGCAGAAAGCUGGUGCAUUCUGGAGGAGGAUUGUAGACUACUACAACGCAAGCCCUCAGCUGGUUGGGACAAUACCUAGAGAGGUUGGUCAGUGCAAGCAAAGAUGGGCUAGUAUUAACGAGCAAGUGUCCAAGUUCGUUGGAUGCUAUGAUGCGGCUCUGAGGGAGCAGAGAAGUGGUCAAAAUGAUGAUGAUGUGAUGAAAGCUGCACUAGACUACUUCUACAAUGAUCACAAUUACAUGUUCACCCUGGAACAUGCCUGGAGGGAGCUGAGGCAUGACAAGAAAUGGUCCUCUACCUAUCUGGCUAAUCACAGUGGGAAAGAAAAGCGCAAACAAGUGCAGGAGGUAUACACAGAAGAUGAAGUGGGAGAACCAGAGGCUAGGCCCGUGGGGUGUCAAGGCUGCUAA